AUGUACUCCGCCCAGCAAAGCGGCGCUGAUAGUGCGACGAUCAAUCCCGCCGCCCUCAACUCACCUGACCCCCCGCGCCGUGGCCUCAAGCGCAGCCGGACCCCGGAUCUCUACGACUCGCCGCAACCUGGCGAUGACGGUGAUUCGAGACCCCUUCGAAAACGAGGAAGACCGAUGAAGUCGCGAACUUCAGGGGGCAUCUCCGAUGCUCCCGGCCAGGCGCCCGCUGCGAACCUGCCCCAGACAAUCCCCCCUCCCCAGACGCCUCAGUCCCAGAGCACCACGCUGCCCGCGCAGGCUGCCUACACGCCAACCCAGGCGCCACCGAAGACCACACCAACCAAGUCUACCCUGAAGGCUCUCCCGACCGUCCGAGACCAUACGACCGAUCAGCUCAAUUCGACCGGCGAUGAGUACCUCCCGCGUGAGAUUGACGAGUUUGGUGAGAAGAAGGUUAUGGCCAAUGGCACCCUCCAGGGUGGUCGCGAAUACAAAUGCAGGACCUUCUUGGUUCCCAACCGAGGCGACAAGCUCUUCAUGCUCGCCACCGAGUGCGCCAGAGUGCUAGGCUAUCGAGACUCGUAUCUGUUAUUUAACAAGAACAGGUCCUUGUUCAAGAUCAUUGCCAGCCAGGCCGAGAAGGACGACCUUGUCCAGCAGGAGAUCCUUCCGUUUUCUUACCGUUCCAGGCAAAUCGCAAUCGUUACCGCCCGGUCCAUGUUCCGCCAGUUUGGAAGCCGAGUUAUCGUCAACGGCCGCAGAGUCCGGGACGACUACUGGGAAACCAAGGCCCGAAAGCAAGGCUUCACCGAGGCUGAUCUCGCCGGAGAGAAGCGACCCGGCGCCACCAAGGCCAGGGAAGCGGCCGAGGCGGCCCAGAACAGUGUCCUGAUGGCUGGCCCACAUCCAGAAAUCGUCUACAGCAACAACCCUGGACCCUUCCCUGGCCCUCCGCAGCCGCACCUUGUUCAACCAGGUAUGAUCGGACCACCACCUGGAAGCACGACAAGAAUGCCUGGAUUGACUCUUGGAUCAGACCUCAGUGACUCCCGGCCGCGUGACUACUCCGGAAUCCUCAAGACAGGACCCCGCCAGGAGAUUACCGGCCCUGCUUACCAAGACCAGACCCGGCCCUCACCUCUCGGCGAACUGAACGCCCAAGCCCACCACGCCGCCGAGUUCAACCGGACCGUCAACCAGCAGCGGGACAUGCGCAACGACUACAUUCAGGGAAUCUGGCGACGACCCCACGAGCAACCCUCAUCCAACUUGACCCAGCAGCCCGUAGCGUCGAACGAUAGCGCCUCCGUCCCCGCGAGCCGACCGUCGCACUCCCCCCAUACCACGGCGACCGGUAUGUCCCAGUCAGGAAUGGUAUCCUCCCAGAGCCCCCAGAUGAUGAUGACGACGGCGCCAUAUUCUCAGUCCAUUAGCGCCCAAAGCAACCUGACGCAGGCACCCAUGAGAGGUAUGGCCCAGUCUCCGACACAGUCAAAUACCAGACCAACACCAUCCCUCCCAGGCUCGAGCAGCUCCAUUUCUCAGGGCACGCCCAGCUACAACUACCAGUCCGGACAAAGCAUGUGGCCCCAGACCCCUCAGACACCGCAGCAGCACAGCUACGGCAGCUACACCACCCAGGGUCAACAGGCUCACCCGUCGCAGUCGCCCGCUUCCCACCUGCGCCAGCCGAGCUCGGGUCAGAUGCAGCCCAACAUGCAGUUCCCUGGCAUGGCUGGCAUGCCGUACGGCACCGGUCAGAGCAUGUACCCUACAGAUCAAACACCUCGACAGUACAUGCCCCAGAGCGCCCCUGGGGGCCCUGCGGUGACGCAGGCUUGGUCAGGCCAGCACUCGCCAGCACAGCAGUGGUGGACUCCUGGCCAGCAGCCACAAUGA